GCAGCAAUAGAAAUGGCGGCAGUAGCAGCAGCAGCAGCACUAGGAGUCCCAACCCGGCUCCACCGUCUCCUCCACCACACACCACCACCCUCUUUCCUCAUUCCCACCACCGCCAUACCCCAACGUUGUCUUCCUUUCAUCCCCUCACGCCUCUUGUGCUACUCUCUUCCUUCCACCAAAGCCUCUUUGCAGCCCACCCAACACCUCGAUGAGAAUGCCCAGAUGGUCUUCGACUCUGAAAACGAGGAUGAGGCUGGGAAACUGGAUACCAACGACGCAGCCCGAUUGAAUUUAGACCCGGGCACAGUUCUCAAGAGAACCCGGGUCGACCCGGUCGACCUCCCGACGCUUACAGUGAGGGAGAAGAAGGAGUUGGCUUCGUAUGCCAACAGUUUGGGGAGGAAGCUCAAGUCCCAGUUGGUGGGAAAGUCUGGUGUUACGCCCAAUGUUGCUGCUUCUUUUGUUGAGAAUCUUGAAUCUAAUGAGCUUCUAAAGGUUAAGAUACAUGGGACAUGUCCAGCGGAGCUUGAUGAUACGGUGAAGCAAUUGGAGGCAGCAACUGGUUCAGUUGUUGUCGGCCAGAUCGGUAGAACAGUUAUCCUUUACAGGCCAAGUCUCACCAAGCUGAAAGCAGAGGAGAAAAAAGAGCAGAUGCGGAAGAUAUUUUUAAAGCGAAAGCAGAGAUAUUCAAGACCAACAUCUAUGGAAUUCCAGAAAAAGGGUAGACCGAGGAUGUUGGUUCGUGAUAGCCGUGGAAGACCCAAGGUCUAGUUUCUGUCAAAUUAUGGUAAUGGAACUCUGGGCGUGGGUGUAUGUAGCUGACAGCUGAAAUGUGGCCAAAAUCAACACCUUCGACAAUAUAGGAUGUAAGUUCAGGAGUUGAGUAUCUUUGGGAGGUGCGUGAAUUUUGAUGUUGAUGCUUGUAUUAAGCAUGUUUGGAGUUGCAAGGACGAAUAUGCAUAUGCCAUUUUACUUCAUGUUCUUUGCCAUUGCAUCUGAAAAUCAAAAAUUUGCUCCCAUAGUGUUACUUAUU